AUGUCCGCACCACAGCAGAAGCCGACGCAGAACCAAUUUCUCAGCACCCUUGAUCAGGAGCUGUCCAAGUACCCUGCCCUGAACAACCUCGAGAAGUCGUCAGGCGUCCCCAAGGCGUACGCCGUCAUCGGCAUCGCCAUCCUCUACUUCUUCCUCAUCAUCUUCAACCUCGGCGGUCAGCUGCUCACGAAUUUUGCUGGUUUCGUCCUUCCUGGAUACUACUCGCUCAAUGCUCUGUUCACCACGAGCAAGGACGAUGACACCCAGUGGUUGACGUACUGGGUCGUCUUCGCCUUUUUUACCGUACUUGAGAGCUUCUUCAACAUCGUCUACUGGUUCCCCUUUUACUAUGUCUUCAAGUUUGUCUUCCUCCUGUGGCUGUCGCUGCCCAUGUUCCGUGGUGCCGACAUCGUUUUCAAUUCUUUCCUGGCCCCUACCCUGAGCGGAUACUUCCAGUCUGGCUCGCCCUCACCUUCGGCUGGAGCGCGCUCCAAGGCUGGUAGUGCCGACAAAUCUGAGUAA